CGUUUAGACUUGGGAGUUGUAGUACGAAUCCAGUCAGGGUUGGAACCAUGGCGGUGACCAAGGAGCUCUUACAGAUGGACUUGUACGCGCUGCUAGGUAUUGAGGAGAAAGCGGCGGACAAGGAGGUGAAAAAGGCAUAUAGGCAGAAGGCCCUCUCUUGCCACCCAGACAAAAAUCCAGAUAACCCCAGAGCAGCUGAACUCUUCCACCAGCUUUCUCAGGCCUUGGAGGUACUGACCGACACUGCAGCCAGGGCUGCAUAUGACAAGGUCAGGAAAGCCAAGAAGCAGGCAGCUGAGAGGACCCAGAAACUAGAUGAGAGAAGGAAGAAAGUAAAGCUUGACCUGGAGGCCCGGGAGCGGCAGGCUCAGGCCCAGGGCACUGAGGAGGAGGAGGAGAGCCGGAGCACCAGGACGCUGGAGCAGGAGAUCGAACGCCUGCGAGAAGAGGGUUCCCGGCAGCUGGAGGAACAGCAGAGGCUCAUCCAGGAGCAGAUACGCCAGGAACGGGAACAGAGGUUGAGAGGAAAGGCAGAAAAUCCUGAAGGCAAAGAAACUCCCAAGCUAAAGCUAAAAUGGAAGUGCAAGGAAGAUGGGUCAAAAGGCGGCUACUCCAGAGAUGUCCUCCUGCGGCUUUUUCAAAAGUAUGGAGAGGUGCUCAACCUCGUGCUUUCCAGUAAGAAGGCCGGCACCGCCGUGGUGGAGUUUGCAACCGUCAAGGCCGCGGAGCUGGCUGUCCAAAAUGAGGUGGGCCUGGUUGAUAACCCUCUGAAGAUUUCCUGGUUGGAGGGACGGCGCCAGGGCAAGGACGGCCCCAGGUGCCCACAACCAGCACAGGGCUCAGUGGUGUCCGAAAGGGACUAUGAAAGCCUCGUCAUGAUGCGCAUGCGCCAAGCAGCGGAGCGGCAGCAGCUGAUUGCCCAAAUGGAGCAGGAGGACAAGGUGGGGCAGCCCACGUAG